AUGCGUACUCUCUGGCUCGUCCUCGCGAGCCUCGCGCGUGCGCAAGACGAUGAAGAGGGCUGCUGCGCCGGCGACCUGACGCGCGACGCUGUCGAGUCCUGCGGCACCGACCAGCUCACGCGCGGUGCCGCGGCGACCACCAGCACCCGAGCGACACCCGCGGCGCAGCCCGGCGCCUGGGAUAUCGCGCCGUCCGUCCUCAUACAACCCGGCGAGUUCCGCAUGGGCACGGACCGGCCGCGCAUCUUCGUCGACGGCGAGGCCCCCUCUCGCCGCGUCGCGCUCUCGCGCGCGUUCCUCAUGGACGUCUACGAGGCGACGAACGACGACUUCGCGGCGUUCGUGGACGCGACGGGCUACGUGACGGACAGCGAGCGCUUCGGCUGGUCCUUCGUGUUCCACCUGGAGCUGAGCGAGGCGCGGCGCGCGGCCAUCGAUAAAGCGGUCGACGGCGUCGAGUGGUGGCUGCCCGUGAACGGCAGCGACUGGCGGUCGCCGCAGGGCCCCGGGAGCGACGUCUUCGCGGCGAAGCGCGGCGCGCACCCCGUCGUGCAGGUGUCCUGGCACGACGCGGCGGCGUACUGCGCCUGGCGCGGCGGCCGGCUGCCCACGGAGGCCGAGUGGGAGUACGCGGCGAGGGACGGCCGGAGCCAGACCAUGUACCCCUGGGGCAACGAGCUCACGCCGGGGGGGGGCUACCGCGCGAACCUCUGGCAGGGCGACUUCCCGCGGUCGAACACGGCCGACGACGGCUUCUCCUUCGCCGGGCCCGUGGGCUCGUACGCGCCGCAGACGGCGACGGGCAUCCACGACCUCAUCGGCAACGUGUGGGAGUGGGUGUCCGACUGGUGGUACGAGCCGGAGGCGUCGGCCCACGACGCCGUGCUCCGGGACCCGGCGGGGCCGAGCGCGGGCGGCGAGAAGCUCAAGAAGGGCGGCUCGUUCCUCUGCCACAAGUCCUACUGCUUCCGCUACCGGAGCGCCGCGCGCCACAAGAACUCGCCCGACUCGGCGUCGAGCAACAACGGCAUGCGCUGCGUCCGCGACGCGGCCGCGUAA